AUGGGGGGCAACGCAGAUGAGGGCACACUAUUCCUGCACCAAAUACGGCCCAAACAGUUCCCGUUAGACACCGAUCCCAACAUCACUGCCGCAGAUGUUCGCCAAAUACUCCGGGAAAUGGCCACCGGUUUGCCUGAAGUUAGCGACCGUAUGCUCGACCAGAUUAUCGGCAUAACGCCGACCACCGGUGUCAACAUCAGCGCCGUUGAGUUACGACAUCGUUUGACUACAAUUAUCGGCGACUUUCUAUUCAAAUGUCCGGUCGUUGUGUUUGCCGACGCUCUCCAGGAGUGGCCAAACGGUACGGAUGUUUACAUGUAUUACUUUACGCAACGGUCGGGGCGUUUGCCCGAAUGGGUCGGCAGUUCGCACUUCGAAGAGGUUCAGUACGUGUUUGGCCUUCCGCUCCGUUAUCCCAACGACUAUGAUGUCGAGCACCGGGUGUUUAGUCUACAAUUGAUCAAAACGUGGACACAUUUUGCCACAACUGGCAAAAUGUUGCCACAAAUGGGCAUAAAUUGGCCAAAAUAUAGUUCAGAGUCCGGCGGACAGCAUAUGUUUUAUAAUUAA